GCACUGGAACGGCGCAUGUCAGGAAGUAACGGCGGUGUAAAGGUGUCGUUCGACGAAAUCGGCGAUCUAUGCUUCGUCACCAAGGUGAACGAUAAACAAAUUAUCUUCUGCAACAACGGCGCUGGUGGCAACGGGCCGGGCCGCGUUAGAAAAGGGCCCGAACUGGCCCCGGGCGGCUCAGUUCCUCGUCAGUUUUCAGCCGGAGCAGACCGGGACCGAGCGGAUCGUCGUGGGCAGAAGCAAAGUGCAGCAGCGGAGCGCAUAGUGGCAGCGGUUGGUGUGGCCGAUAGUGAACUGGUGGAUUAUUUGUAUCUAGCGGCCGACGGGCAGGGUUGGUUGAGAUACGAGCCAGCUACGAGGCUUGGUUGUGGGCCCACCGAUCCGAGUGGUCCCAGCGCUCGCUGGUCCAGUACGGCAUCACACUUUACCCGAGCAUCGUCUGCGUCGGGGGAAACCGGUACCGAUCGGGACGCAAAGGCCGCGGUCAAGCUCAUCUUCGACAAACGGUCAGCAAACACCGCUACCAGAGCGGCCAGUGGUCACCAGCAGUUCGAGCAGUUCUGUGUCAAGUGUCGCGUCUACCUCUUGGAGCACUUUAACAAGUUUCGCAACAACGUCGGCGUGAUGUCACGCCUGAACGGUAAGGAUUGUGCCCCAAGUUUGGGCCUGCGCCACUCGGAAGGAGGAGGAGGAGGUGGAGGCAGUGCCGGUGGUACGACGUUUGGCAGUGGCACGAAAAAGCAACCAUUCUCUAGGCCCUUCAAUAAGAGCCGGCUCGAAACGUCCGCCGCAUCGUCGGCCGGUGGUGGAAGCGGUGCGAACCACGGGCCCUCAUCGACAGCCAGCAGGAUGCCGGGAAGUAGCAGUGUCACGGCCAGCAGUGCCGGAACGCCACCCAGUGCGGCGGACACCAGCGCUCUUAUACGGCAGAACAACGAGCUGCGCCAUCGGCUCCAGGAGGAAGCGAACAACUAUCGGCGACGGUUGGACACGUACAAGCAGGCCCAGAAUAACCAGGCGGCCCUGGUCAGCCGCUUGCAGGCGAAGGUGCUCCAGUACAAGCAGCGCUGCACGGACCUGGAACAUUCGACGCCACCAGGCGGUGGGAUGUGCUCCAGCGGAGGGGGUGGUGGAAGUGGCCGUUAUGGUGGUGGAGCAGGAAGUCGUGAGCCAUCGCCGGGAUCAAGACAUCACGGCCACCACGCUCCGGCCUCCCCACCUCCUGGAGGGGUGGGUUCCGGCAUUUGCCAGGAUGCCGGGGGACCACUAAGCCUACCGUCCGUAUGCCCGGUGGCUCGGGAAAGAGCUCGGUCACGGUCGCGAUCGCAGUCCCCCUGCCGGAAGUACUCCGAAGGAUCGCACGACGAAGUCAGACAUCAGCUUGACGAGGAACGACGACGAUGCGAAAAACUACUGGUCGAAAACUCCUGCCUGCGGCAGCAGUUGGAGGAGUCUCAUCGUACCAACGAAGCGCUUACGAACGAUCUCCAAAAGCUUACCAACGAUUGGGAAAGCUUACGCGAUGAACUACUAAACAAGGAAGACGAAUGGAAGGAGGAAGAGCAGGCAUUCAAUGAUUACUAUAACAAUGAGCACACGCGCCUGCUGAAGAUGUGGCGCGAGGUUGUCCAGGUGCGCCGCAUGUACAACGAGAUGGCUUCCACGACCAAGAUGGAGCUGGGUCGGAUGCAUCUCGAGCUCUCCGGAACGGCCCGCGAGGUAACCGGAGCCUGCGGCGGUGUGUCAGUAAACUUAAAGCAAUCAUCCAAGUUUGAGGAAGCGCAGCAGAUGCAUAUCGAGCGUGAAAAUAUGGACCUGAAAUCGCAGCUCGGCGAACUGCGCAUCCAGUACGAGACGGCCCGACAGGAAAUCAGCCAGCGGGACCAACGGAUGCAGCAAAUGGCCCAGGAGCUGAAGCUGCUGGACGACCGGUACACGCAGGCCGACAGUCAGGCCGCCCAGGCUCAUCGCAUGAACGACGAAGUUGAGCGACUGCAAACAGCGUUGCGCGACAUUGCGCACGCCGUGGUGCAGGACGCAGAAUCCAGCGCCUCGGCCGAGAUGGGGGCCCACCUGCACCUAUCGCAACCGGUCUCGGGACUAUCGCCCGGGGUGGCUCCCCGCUCGCCGAAGAGAAGCGCGGCGGGGGGCGGUGGACUGCGGGCCUCACAGGCGUUCGCCGAAGGUACUAUCUCGGCAGUGCAGGCUGCCUUGCAUAAGUACCAGCUGGCGAUACACGACCUGCAGGUGAAGCUGCAGACGAACAAUGAUGCGCUGAAGGCCACCAAGAAGCAGUACGAGAACUGCGAGCAUACGCGCGAUGUGCUGUCCGGCAAGGUGGGCGAGCUGACCGAGAAGCUAGACUCGGCCAACCAUCAGCUCUCGGAACUGUACAAGGAGCGGGACAGUCUGCAGAAGACGCUCGAUGGCUUGCGCUCGGAUAAGCACACGGUGGAGCGAGGCAAGGCGGAACUCAACUCCAUUGUUGAAAGUUUAAACACUGACUAUGAGAAAUUACAAAAUGUCAAUAGCAAACUGCAAAAAAUGUACGACGCACUGGAGGAGGAGAAAAAGAUGGUCGAGCUGGAGUUGCAGCGAGUGCACAAAGAUAAAGACAUUCAAGAAAUGAAUUUAAGAGCGGAAGAAGAACGAUGCAGCCGGUUGCGCGAGGAAACAAUCACGCUUCGCGAGGAAUUGAACAAACUUUAUCUUUCGCGUGACUUGCUCGAGCAGCAGCGCAUUGAAUCAGAUGGCCUGCUGAACAUGCUCGAGAAACAGAAACUUGAGCUAGAAUUCGAACUGGAUCGUGUUACGGGCGAGCGGAACGAGCUUCAUUCCGCCCUAGAGAAGCGAACGUGUUCCAAUGACCAUCUGGACCAGGAAAUUCGCCAGCUAAAGACCACCGUAGCACAGCUGGACGAGGAACGCAACAAACUGCGCGCUCAAUCCUGCGACCAGGGAGCCGAUCUGGCGUCUUUGAAGAAGGAACUAAUCAGCGCGGAACAGGCUCGCCUUGACUUGGACUCGGAGAAGCUGGCCAUCAGCGAGCGGUUGAAGUGUCUCGAGUUGGAAAAGGACAAGAUCGAGGCGGAGCUGAGUUGUGUAGCGCGCGAGCGAAACGAUCUGAGCAACCAGUUGGCAGCUAUUUCCCGCAAAAAGGAAACCAUAGGCGAGGAAGUGAUGCGUUUGCGGCAGCGUCUCGAACAGUCGAACGAAAUGAAUGGUCGGCUGAACCGUUCGCUCGAAGAGUUGGUCAAGGAAAGCGAAGAAAAGACGGUCACCAUUGAGGGACAUGAAAAGGAACUGCAAAGAUUGCAGGAGCAACUCGCUUCACUUCGAAGCGAAAAGGAAUCAUUGGAGGCUGUCCUCUUCGACACCAACACUUCGCUCGAAGAAUCCGAAGCGAAGAAGGAUGCACUGGAACGAGAAAACCAGGACCUGCUGAUCAAACAAGAAUCGCACAAGGCCCUAAUAGCUCGCCUCAACAAGGACCUGGAAAAUGCAGAACGGCGUGCACAGGACAUCAAAAUACAGCUCACGAAUGCGGCCGCUAACCAAGAGGCCGAGUUCUUGCAGAAGCUCUCCAGCCUGCGAACGUUCAGUGAGGAGAACAUUAAGAAGCUAAACGAAGAGAAAGAACAAAUCCGACAGACACUCGAGAAGCGCAGCCAGCAGGCGCUGCAGGCGCUGGAAAGCUCAAAGGACAUGGAAAUACAACACCUGAAGGAGCAGUUCGAGUCGCUCCAGAUGCAUCUGGAAGCGCUGAACCAGCAGCACGAGGAGGUGAUCCUGCGGGCGGAAAAUGAAAAGCAGCAAGCCCUCCUGAUCGCCCACCGGGACAAGCAGGCGGUGAUCGAGAAGCUGGAGGUGACCGCACGCGAGCUAAAGAACGAACUGGAGAACGGCGAUCGCCUGAAGCGUGAAAUGGCCGCACGGCAGGAGAAGGAUCGUACGUCGAUCGGAUGCCUACGGGAUGAAAUUUCCAAGAUGCGCACGAAGGCGGAAGAAGCGCGCAUUCGGGCGGAGGAGGAACACAACCGUCUCGAGGUCGCUGCAGGCUCACUGCGGGAAGAGAAGGAUACCCUGCUGAAGGACGUGGAAGAGCUGAAGGUACAGUUGCGUCUAUCGGAGGAUCGUAGUGACGCUCUGAAUCAUCAGCUUCAAGAUACGCAACGUAAAUUGAAAGAAGCUGAGAAUAACACCGAUGUCACAAGAAAAGAUUUGACUGACACACGACGAACCCUGGCGGACAGUAACAUCGAAAGAGACAAGUACGCCAACAGCAACAAAGAGUUGAGAGAUCACGUCAAGCGGGUCGAGGAACAACGUCGCCAACAGGCACGUACGAUUGAGGAUGCACUUAGCAAGAUUUCAUCUCUGGAGGACACUCGCAAUACACUGGAACAGGAUAAGGUGCGUCUCCAGACAAUCCUAAAGGAGACGGAGACCAACGUCACCAAGUUGAACCAGGAAUUGUCGACGGCCCAAACGGACAUCCAGAAGUUCCAGACGGAUACCACCCAGAAGGACGCGUCGGAGAAAGAGCUCCAGGCACGACUUACGAACGAGUGCGAAGAGAAGGAACGUGUUCUGGCGGAAUUGCACCAAAUCAAAAAGCAAAUGGCCGACUUAGAGGGAACACUGUGUGCUACCCGCCAAGAGCUGGGACGGGCACGCUGUAAGGCAAACCAGGACGAACACCGGUUCCACCAACGCGAGCAGGAACUGUGCGGUCGCAUGGAAGAGGGCCGUGGGCGUGAAAAGCGUCUUGAAGAUCAGAAGCACAACCUGGAAGUUUGUCUGGCCGAUGCCACACAGCAGAUCCAGGAGCUGAAGGCUCGCCUAGGUGGUUCGGAGGGUCGUGUACGGGCACUGGACGAGCAGCUCGUGCAACUGGAGACCCAGAAAAAGGAGGUAGAGAAUAAGCUGAGUUCGAUCGGGCACACACUACGCCGCAUCGCGGGCAUUCAGAUGGAUGGUUCGGUCAGUUUGCCGUACCGUUUGAUGAGCCCAUCGCGCCGUUACAGCCCGGCAAGGACUGGUCGCUCCGAGCGGGAUGACUAUGCUCAUCACCAUCAGCAUCAUCACCAUCAUCACCAUCAGGGCCACGAGACGCGUAGCCUGUCAGGCGAGAACAUACUGAUCGAUGUCGAUCCGGAGAUGGUACGUAAAGGCGUACGUACGCUGAUGCAACAGAUCGCACACAUCGAGCGCGAGCGGGACGAUUUCAAGGUACAACUGUGUACCGCCCGGAAGCAACUGCAAGAGGGUAGUGACGCUCAGCUACGACUCGAGACCAAGAUCAAUAAGCUACAGCAGCACAACCGAGCUAUCCACGAGGACAAAACUAACCUAGAGGCUCGUUUGGCGCAGAAGACGAGCACCUUGCAGUCGGUGGAGGAAACUCUGCGCCAGAAGUCGGACGAGCUGACGUCGGUGCGAGAAAAGGCAGCCCAGUUGGAGCAGUCUCUGGGAAGCACUAGCGAGGAGAAGGCUCACCUGGAGGAGCGGCUGGAAAAAUGUCGCCAAACUGGAGCCCGGCUCGAGUCGGACAAGCGCCACCUGCAGGAUGAACUUGCCCGCACGGAGGGACGAGCCUCGAAGCUCGAUCUACAGCGUGUCGCUCUCGAAGGCGACAUACAGCGACUACAGAUGGCCAUGCAGGAACGGGACUGUACGAUCCGCAAUCAGCAGGAGCGACUUGAAAAUCAGCAACGUUCUUUGACGCAGCUCGAGGAUCGUUGUGUUGCGCUGAAGAGCACGGUUGACCAGCUUAAGGAGCGUCUGCAAGCCGCCGCCAUCACGGAGACAGAGCUGCGUGGUGAGAUAGCCGGCCUGCAGCGGCACAAUGCCGACCAGGGUCACACGUUUGCACUGGGACAGGAUAAGCUGAAGCAGAUCCAGAAAACGCUCACCAACAGCGAAAACGAACGGCGUGUGUUGGCAGAACGGCUGGACGCCGCCCAGCAUACGAUAAAUGAACUGCGCCGCAACCAACAGGCCGCCCAGGACGGUACCACACGCCUCCAGGAGCAAUUGGCCGAGUGUGAGGUGCAAAAAUCUACCCUCGAGAGUCAGCUACGUUUGGCGAAAUGGAACCAGGAAACGAGCGAACAGCUAGCCGCCACGGGAAGCGCGGGAGCUGGAGGCAGUGACCAGGAGCUCAGCCGGCAGCUGGUCAACUCCCAGCGCGAGCGAACGGAACUACGUAACAAGGUGGAAGCGCUGAGCGAGAAGAUACGCACACUGGAGCAUGAAAAACGUGCCCUAACCGGAGGCAAAUACGAUCGGGCCGAAAAGAAGACCAUCGGUGGCGAGUACGACUCGAACCGGCUCGAGUCCGGUACCUACGAUCAAGGAUCAUCGACACGUUUCAGCUGCGGCCUGGAUCAUGCCCAAAUCGAACAGGAAAGUCGUGAUCUGCGCAUGAAGGUGCGCCGCCUGGAGACGAUGCUGGCCGAAAAGGAAGCCGAAUUGGCUCGCUCCAAGGCAAAGCUGCUGGAGUCGCCGAGCAAGAGUAUCAGCAGUUUAGGGGUCGGUGUUGGAGACGUAGAGCGCUACCGAAGCGCGCAAGUGCAGGCCGAACGGCUGCUGGAUGCCCGGGAACAGUCACACCGGCAGCAGGUGACCCGCUUGGAGAAUCAGGUAUCGAUGCUAAGGGAACAGCUGGCGCAGGAAGCGAAGCGACGCCAGCAGUACAUACUGCGUAGCUCUAGGGCAGGACGAGAAAUGCAGCAACUGCGCCAAACCAUUGGCGAUUCGCUGCGAAACGUCGCUCAAGAUCCACUGGACACUGGCCUGCUGGAAAGUGAAGCUCGACGGUUGGACACAGCCGUUUCGAUGAGCCUUCCGCCGACAACAUCCGCCGGUCGAGGUGGAGACUACGAUCGUAGCCUGAGCCCAACGUUCCGCUAA